UCCGACACCUGCCCCUCCGCGGCGACCCAGAGCCCGCGUCGCGCCGCGACCCGCAGCCUCGGAGGCAGCGAGGGCGAAGAGAGCUGGCGGAGGCGAGGCCCGUGCUCCGGAGGACGCCGCGCCCGGCGGAGGCCGCAGACCCCGAGCCCGGAUCGCCGCGGCACCAUGGCCCCGAAGCUGCUGCUGCUCCUCUGCUUGUUCUCCGGCUUGCACGCGCGGUCCAGAAAGGUGGAAGAGGAUGAGUAUGAAGAUUCAUCAUCAAACCAAAAGUGGGUCUUGGCUCCAAAGUCCCAAGACACCGACGUGACUCUUAUUCUCAACAAGUUGCUAAGAGAAUAUGAUAAAAAGCUGAGGCCGGAUAUUGGAAUAAAACCGACUGUAAUCGACGUUGACAUUUAUGUUAACAGCAUUGGCCCCGUGUCAUCAAUAAACAUGGAAUACCAAAUUGAUAUAUUUUUCGCUCAGACCUGGACAGACAGUCGCCUUCGAUUCAACAGCACAAUGAAAAUUCUCACCCUGAACAGCAACAUGGUGGGGUUAAUCUGGAUUCCAGACACAAUCUUCCGAAACUCUAAGACUGCCGAGGCUCACUGGAUCACCACCCCCAACCAGCUCCUCAGGAUCUGGAACGAUGGGAAAAUCCUUUACACUCUGAGGCUCACCAUCAAUGCCGAGUGCCAGCUGCAGCUGCACAACUUCCCCAUGGACGAGCACUCCUGCCCACUGGUCUUCUCCAGCUAUGGCUAUCCCAAAGAAGAAAUGAUUUAUAGAUGGAGAAAAAAUUCCGUGGAGGCAGCUGACCAGAAAUCGUGGCGGCUUUAUCAGUUUGACUUCAUGGGCCUGAGAAACACCACAGAAAUCGUGACAACGUCUGCAGGUGAUUAUGUUGUCAUGACCAUAUAUUUUGAAUUGAGUAGAAGAAUGGGAUACUUCACUAUUCAAACGUACAUUCCUUGCAUACUGACUGUGGUCUUAUCCUGGGUGUCAUUUUGGAUCAAAAAAGACGCUACCCCAGCAAGAACAGCGUUAGGCAUCACCACGGUGCUGACCAUGACCACGCUGAGCACCAUCGCCAGGACGUCCCUGCCGCGCGUGUCCUACGUGACUGCCAUGGACCUCUUCGUGACAGUGUGUUUCCUCUUCGUGUUCGCCGCUCUGAUGGAGUACGCCACCCUCAACUACUACUCCAGCUGCAGAAAGCCCACCACCACCAAGAAGAAGACAGCCUCGUUAUUACAUCCAGAUUCCUCAAGAUGGAUUCAUGAGCGAAUAAGCCUUCAAGCCCCCUCCAACUAUUCUCUCCUGGAAAUGCGGCCGCCGCCACCUGCAAUGAUCACUUUAAACAAUUCCGUGUACUGGCAGGAACUUGAAGACACCUGCGUCUAUGAAUGUCUGGAUGGCAAAGACUGUCAGAGCUUCUUCUGCUGCUACGAGGAGUGUAAAUCAGGGUCUUGGAGGAAAGGGCGCGUCCACAUAGACAUCCUGGAGCUGGACUCGUACUCCCGAGUCUUCUUCCCCACGUCCUUCCUGCUCUUCAACCUGGUCUAUUGGGUCGGAUACCUGUAUCUCUAAAAGCUGCUUCUCAUGUCGCCUGAAGGGCAUUUGGUUCACACCCUUGACCUUCUGUCACCCCAGUCUAGUAGUGACCCCUCGGGAGUAGCAAGGAGGGACACUGCUCAGUCUAUCUUCAGUUAUGACUUACCUUCCAGCCGCACAGGAAGUACCUGCCAAAUAUUUCUAUUAUAUAUCUCACACACACACACAUACACGUUGAGUUUUAAACUGGAAUUCUUGUUAGUCCCUUACUGAAUCUGUAGCUUGGUGAUGUUUAUUAAUGGUUUUUGGAUUUGGGGAGUAGCUGUUGAUUUUCCUGCAAAGAAAAAGAAAUCUGUAAAAGUUGCAAGCAAUAGCUGAGACAUGCUCAGGCCCCUGUUGUUGCCCUCAGCACAGCUCCCCUGAGUCUGAGCCAGGUGCCUGCUGGUCCGCCCUGCUGGCCUCAGCCCCAUGCCCACACGGCACUCAGCCCAGUGUGAUCUUCAGUGAGUCUCCAUCCCAGUUUCUUCUCUCCAUGGCCUCUUUUGCUCCAGCACCACCACUGUUAGCUAGGACCCCAUCACCCACUAACCUCACCCCAGGCCUAGAAAGGGGCCCCAUGCUUUGCCCAUAAGUUUCCUUUUGAGGAAAACAUACGAUUUUCAAAAUGUUUGCAUCAUGGAGAUCAAAGAUGUUGAUUAUCUUUGUACAUUACUACCUUAACCCAAACUACUGAGAGUCAACAGUAUUAGAACAUCAGGUUCUCAGAGUAGUUCAACAACAUUCCACCUGAAGAGCUGUGUUUCACUAGACCAAGCUCUAGCUUACGUUAUACUAUUAGGGGUUCAAUAAUUGUCUUCAUCUUGCAAAGUCUUGUGUAUAUUACAGUAUGCACAAGACUUUGUCCAGAGUAGUCCAGACAUAGUCCAGAGAGUGAAAGAAAUGUAGAUAAAAUUUUAAAAUUUUUAAAAUUUUAAAAUUCCUUAGUAAGUAUUCAUUUUCCACUCAAACCAAUUUCAGAUGCAAAAAAAAAAAAAAGGGGUAAUGGCUAUCAUCAAUUAUAUAUUUUGAUGAAUAAGAAUUAUUUUAUACUUUGAAAUAUGGAUACAUAGCAAAAUUCCAAAGGAAAAAAUCCCCCUUAAUCAAUACUCUUUUGAUAUUUUUAUAACACAAAACCAAUUUGCUUCUUGAUAUUAUUUCAUUGUUAUAACCAGAUACUAAUACAUACUUCAUGAUGCUUUUGAAUAUUCUCCUUACCAAUAGGGUAAAAAAGGACCUACCAGCUAGUUAAUAAUGCUUUGGUAUUAUUUGGUACCAGAAUCUCUAUGCUUCUUGUCUUUCUUACACAGAAAACUGAAUUAAUUUUAUUGGAAACUAUGUUUUUUAAUUAUCUAUUGUGUAUACUAUUAUUAUCCAGAAAGAAGUACUGAUUUCAUGAGGUUACUGGCUAUACACCAGACACACAAGAGGACAGGAGUGGACAGGGCCAGAAAAAUUGCUGUUAGAUCCAUCUGUUUACUCUUAUAAAUAUAGUUACAUACUGAGUGCGAAUGCAAAAUUGGAGCUGUCUGGCUACCCAGUUUUCAAGGACCCCGUCUGUACACCGUGAGAGAUCGAAACCCAUUGUUUCUCUUCCUUUCCUCUCUCUGCCUUUGGUUCAAGAGUUGCUACAUAUGCCACAAGCCAAUUGACUUCAAUUCAGCAAAUUCAAUUUAAAAAUAAAAUAAUAUUUGUGGGGAAAUAGGUUGAAAAUAUUGGUUUAAAUUAAAUUUCUCCUUUACUGGAGAGUGCCC